UAUGGGAAAGCCUCCCGAUGGCGUCAGUAGCUAUUCUCAGGAAAGGAAAGGCAGGGUAUCCCCACUGGGAGAUGACAGCACUUGUUUCAAGUUGGGGAAGAGCCUGUGGUUCUCUUCCUGCGUUUAGAGGGGAAAGCGAACACACAAUGUUCAUUUCCUAAAUACGGGAUGUGCUUCGCUAGCGGCUCAUUUUCCAACAUGUCAUAUCCUGGCUGAAGGCAGCAGGGGUCAGGGCAGGAAAUGGCAGCUUCUCAGAAUGAGACAAGGCUUUCCCAGAGCGGUCAUUGGUUCUUGGGGACUAUAAAGCUAGCUCACCCAGAAACAGCCUGCUACUUUUCUUCCUGGAGUCCGGAGUGAAGGGGCAUGGAGAGACUGGCGGCCUGGGAGCCGCAGGGCGUGGAUGCGCUACGUCGCUUCCAAGGACUGCUGCUGGACCGCCGAGGCCGGCUGCACGGCCAAGUGCUGCGCCUGCGCGAAGUGGCCCGGAGGCUCGAGCGUCUCCGCAGGCGCUCCCUGGCGGCCAACGUGGCUGGCAGCUCUCUGAGCGCCGCCGGCGCGGUGGCCGCCAUCGUGGGGCUGUCACUCAGCCCGGUCACCCUGGGGGCCUCGCUCGUGGCGUCGGCGGUGGGCCUAGGGGUGGCCACCGCCGGAGGGGCAGUCACCAUCACGUCCGACCUCUCUCUGAUCUUCUGCAAUUCCCGGGAGGUGCGGAGGGUGCAGGAGAUCGCCGCCACCUGCCAGGACCAGAUGCGCGAGCUCCUGAGCUGCCUGGAGUUCUUCUGUCAGUGGCAGGGCCGAGGGGACCGCCAGCUGCUGCAGAGCGGGAGGGACGCCUCCAUGGCUCUUUACAACUCUGUGUACUUCAUCGUCUUCUUCGGCUCACGCGGCUUCCUUAUCCCCAAGCGUGCCGAGGGGGCCACCAAAGUCAGCCAGGCCGUGCUGAAGGCCAAGAUUCAGAAACUGUCGGAGAGCCUGGAGUCCUGCACCGGUGCCCUGGAUGAACUUAGCGAGCAGCUGGAAUCCCGGGUCCAGCUCUGCACCAAGGCCGGCCGUGGCCACAACCGCAGGGUCUCCGCUGAUCAGGACGCAGCGCUGUUUUUCUAAGAACACCCUUUACCCUCGUGGGAUGGUCUAGAUCUGUAGCAUCCACGGGGAAACGCCACAUAAGUGGAGGGCAAAAGACAAACUGUUCUUGUAGGUGUCGGUCCUCGACUCCUCGUGUGCGAUGGACUUUUUCACUUUUGUAAUCCCAAUGGCGUAUGUGACCUUAAUCACUCACUUUGGUGGUGGGGGGCCAGAAUCCUUUUUGCUACACACAGCUGG